AUCUUGACAAUGUCCUGCUGAAAAAACUGAAAUUUGUAGGAAUCAGGAUUUCAUCGCCGCUCGUGUAGAAGUCAACCUGUAAUUAGAUUUGACACGAGGAUAAUCAUUGUUAAAUAUGAAGGUUUCGUUAGUCGCUGUAACCCUAUUCGUAGCUUUCCUUGGAAGUUGCUAUGGACAUCUUAUAGCUGCUCCUUCCAAUGUCUCUUCGCUUGAAAAUAACGUAAAUAAAUCAGAAGUAGAGCAUUCCUUACUCUAUAGAAUCGUAGAAACCUUUUACGUAUCAAGAGAUAGUUUGGACGACUUUCCCGAUUUUAUUAAAACAAAACCUGCAUCUGUGAUUGUUGCAUUUUUAGUCGGAAUUUAUUGUUUCACCUUCCUUGCAAUUCUGUGUGACUCAUAUUUUUUGCCUAGCGUUGAAGCACUCUGUGUGAUACUCAACGUUUCUGAGGAUGUUGCAGCCGCUACGUUCAUGUCGAUGGCAACAACAGCACCAGAAUUUUUCGUCAAUAUCGUUAGUACUUUUAUUAGUCAAUCGGACUUGGGCUUGGGGACAAUUGUUGGUUCAUCUUCUUUCAAUACUCUCUUCACACCAGCUUUGGGAUGUUUAGCUGUUGCAACGCCCCUUCAAUUAGAUUGGUGGCCCGUAACCAGAGAUUCUUCGUUUUAUGUUGUAACAAUAGGACUUUUAGUUACCAUUAUUUGGGAUGGCAAAGUAUUUUGGUACGAGGCAUUGGUUUUAGAGAUUGUCUAUAUCCUAUUCUUCAUAUACAUUUUCGUAACAGCUAAAUAUUCAGACAGGAUAAAGGAGUUCGGAAUGAGGAACAAAUUUUUGCGAAAUAUAUACGUGUCUAGCGAUGAAAAAAUUGAUCAAGAAAACCCUGAAAGCAAACGACAAUCUGUAUUAAGUAAAGAAGAGAUAGAUCGAAGGCAAAGUAAAGAGGAUGCUGCAAGAAAAUCAGGAAUGACAAUUGAUAUAGAAAAAACUUCCAUUGACAAAUUCGACGAAUACAAUAUGAAGAAUCAACUAUUCACAAUGCCAAAAGGGAAUAUUCUGAUUAAAAUUCUCUUCAUAUACACGUGGCCUUUGCGACUGUUUCUUGCAUGUGUUAUGCCCAAUCACAGGAAAUAUCCCAUCACUACGCCUAUCACUUUCCUUCUUUGUGUCGUUUGUAUUGGAUUAAAUUCUUAUAUAGUUUCAUGGAUGGUCACAGUUAUUGGAAGUGCCUUUAAUAUAUCAGAGACCGUCAUGGGAUUUACGUUAUCUGCUGGUGGUGGGGCGUUACCUGAGGCGUUUUCCUUAGUCAUUAAAGCAAGGAGAGGUGAAGGAUCAAUGGGAGUGUCGAAUUCUCUUGGUGGAAACAUAAUGAACGUUCUCUUAUCUCUGGGAUUCCCCUGGUUCAUUUCAACCUUAAGUCGUGGUGCCAAUGAUGAGUCAUAUGUGCAGCUUGAAUCCGGUAGCAUUCAAUACACAGUUUUAUCGUUAAUAAUAGUUGUAUCAGCCCUAUAUUUCAUACUUAUGAUGAAUAAAUUCCGCCUUUCGCGAAUAUCUGGAAUUAUCCUUAUGGUUGCAUGGGUGGCGUUCCUCUCAGUAGCUGUCACAGUCGAACUCGUUGUUAAUCCGUCAGAUUCGUGAUCUUUCCACCAAAAGAAAACAUCAUUUCACCAAAAGAAAAUAAGUGAAACCAUUUUAUAAUAUUUAUAAGAAUAUUUUAUAAUGUAAAUUUUACAACAUGAACAAUUAUCAUUUUAUCAAAUGCGAAUGUUAAAAGGUAAAAUGGAAAGAGGCUGAAAGGCAAAAUGGUACUUCUAUCCGAAAAUGGUACCUACCAAAUGUACCUGAUGUAGUACGGUAUAGCAUUUGUUAAUGUUGUUUAGUUUGUACAUUUGUGCCAUAAUUGCGGAAAGCAUUGUCAGUAUGAUGUACAUAGUUUACUUACUAAGGAUAACGCUGUGAUAUUUAGGAAUUCCUAAUAGGAGAUUAGCUUUAUGAGGAAGGUGCGCGCUAUUAUGUGUUGUUUUUUAAUACUUACUACGAAGGAAAAGGUAGAAGAAUUGUUUUCUGUUUUAAUGUAUGUAUAGUACAAAAUAAAUUGUAAAUAAUUGUUUACUUACGAAACGA